AAACCAAAGUUUACGACAAAUUCAAACUCAUCGGUGUACACUCAGAUCAUUGUAGCGUCUUCCAUCGGCAUAAUCAUCGCUGCCAGCAUGCAUUUUGGGUUCAAGAGGAGACAAGGUCGGAUCAUCCCUCGGAUACAAGUUUCAGACACUGGCCAGCCAUUAAAGCUCGAGCAUUUUUCUCAGUAUGUAGCGAGACAAAUAGGGUUCUCGGAUAGAAGAGAGUGCCCAAACCUGUUCAGGUUUGCAGCUGAAUAUAUCAUGAAAGCAGAAGGAUGUGAGGAAGAGAUGUAUUUGUUCUUUGCUGGUGAACAAGAUGCAGAUUCGCUGUUCAUAAAGCUGGUGGAGGAGUUUGAGAGGUGCAUUCUCAGUUACUUUGCUUUUCAUUGGAGCAAUGCUCAUUUCAUGAUCAGUCAGGUAUUGGCUGGUUCCGAUAAUCAAGAACCAAAAAAGAAGCUCAAGGACAUAGUCAUGCAAGCUACCAGGGAACAGAGAUUUGAGAGGGUGACGAAGAACCUGAAAGUAGCGCGGGUGUUUACAACAUUGGUGGAGGAAAUGAAGGCAAUAGGGCUUGUAUCUGCUGAUGAUUCACAGUGUACUGAUGUUAUGGUUCCCAUGGCCCACAAAGAUAGAAGCCCUGUCCUCCUCUUCAUGGGUGGUGGCAUGGGAGCCGGAAAGAGCACAGUUCUUAAAGACAUUCUCAAAGAACCAUUUUGGGCAGGAGCAUCCGCAAAUGCAGUUGUAAUAGAGGCGGAUGCCUUCAAAGAGUCUGAUGUGAUUUACAGAGCUCUCAGCUCCAGAGGGCAUCAUGACAUGCUUCAAACAGCUGAACUCGUGCAUCAGUCGUCAACGGAUGCAGCAUCAUCCCUGCUUGUAACAGCACUAAAUGAAGGGAGAGACGUGAUCAUGGAUGGAACACUGUCAUGGGUUCCGUUUGUUGUGCAGACGAUAACAAUGGCAAGAAAUGUCCACAGAAAAAGGUAUCGAAUGGGGGCUGGAUACAAGGUGAAUGCUGAUGGAAGCGUUACAGAAAACUACUGGGAACAGCUUGAACAAGAGACUGAACCUGUAGAUGGAAAGAGAAGAAGACCAUACAGGAUAGAACUUGUUGGCGUUAUCUGUGAUGCUUAUUUAGCUGUCAUUAGAGGCAUCAGGAGAGCAAUCAUGUGUAGAAGGGCUGUGAGGGUGAGGUCACAGUUAACAUCACACAAGAGAUUUGCCACUGCAUUUAAGACAUAUUGUAACAUAGUAGACAAUGCCAGGCUAUAUCUAACCAAUGAUCUCGAUGGACCACCAAAGUUGAUAGGAUGGAAAGAAAAAGAGAAGACAUUGUUGGUGGAUCCUGAUGAGAUAGCAUACUUAAGGAUGUUAGAAAGGUUGAACGAGAAAGCAAACUCCAUAUAUGAACUUUACCGGAACCCCAACCCUAUCCAUGAAACUGGCUCCGUGUGGCAUGACAUUGUCAUGUCACCUUCAAGAAAGACUAUUCAAAAAGAGUUGAAGUAUUUUAUUCAGAAAGUUGAGAGGUUCGAGCAGAUGAUGAGGCAGAUGAGGAGGGUGGCAGUGAUGGUGGCGGAGGCGGUAUUGGUGGUGGUGGUGGCGGCAAUGGUGGCUAGUGAUGGCAAUGGUUGCGGGUAG